AUGAAAUUCUUUUUGAAAAAAUGUCUACGCAAAAAACCGGAGGAGAUGAAACCAGGCGCCAUACUGGACGCCGUCAUUUCGCAAUCCUCACCAAUGGCCAACAAAUGUCUACUCUACAAGCUGGCCGACUACAUGCGCGGCGGUGACCUCAUCGACGCACUGAACACUGGCGGCCUGGUCGCCGUGGAACAACUGAUACGCGAGCAGUUCGGCAUAUUUAUGUAUAACGAUGGCAAGGGACAGGUGAUUAAUCGUGCCGAGUUUUUACGCUGGAAAUAUCGCGAUCACACUGAAGUUACUAUACCGAUUGAGGCUUCGCUCUCACGUCACGAUCCGCUGGGCAAGUGGGAGGAUCAUAAAGCCUGUUGGCAAAUGCAAUUUCGUGGGGCACUCGGUGAGAGUUUACUGCACGUGCUCAUCAUUUGCGAUUCGAAAAUACACACAAAGCUAGCGCGGGUACUGAUACGAGUCUUUCCGAAUCUGGCACAAGAUGUGAUGGAGGGUGAGGAGUAUUUGGGUGCUAGUGCGUUGCAUUUGGCGAUUGCUUAUAGCAAUAAUGAGCUUGUGGCCGAUUUGAUUGAAGCAGGCGCUGAUAUAAAUCAGCGUGCUAUUGGCAGUUUCUUUCUGCCGCGUGACCAGCAACGUCGAAAUCCAGCCAAGUCGACGGACUAUGAAGGAUUGGCGUAUCUGGGCGAGUAUCCGUUGGCAUGGGCGGCAUGUUGCGCCAAUGAAAGUGUGUACAAUUUGCUGGUGGACUGUGGUGCAGACCCAGAUGCACAAGACUCGUUUGGUAAUAUGAUACUGCAUAUGGUGGUGGUGUGCGAUAAAUUGGAUAUGUUCGGUUAUGCUCUUCGCCAUCCAAAAACGCCAGCCAAAAAUGGUAUCGCCAACCACAGUGGACUCACACCGCUGACACUUUCUUGCAAACUGGGACGCGCUGAAGUUUUUCGUGAGAUGUUGGAGCUUUCCGCACGUGAGUUUUGGCGUUACAGCAACAUCACCUGCUCGGGUUAUCCGCUCAACGCUUUAGAUACUUUGCUGCCAGAUGGACGCACAAAUUGGAACUCGGCGCUGUUUAUCAUCUUGAAUGGCACCAAAGAGGAACAUUUGGAUAUGUUGGACGGCGGCAUCAUACAACGUUUACUGGAAGAGAAAUGGAAAACCUUUGCUCAAAAUCAAUUCCUCAAACGUCUACUGAUCCUAGUCAUACACUUGGUUUUCCUCUCCAUCUCAGUUUAUAUGCGUCCCGCGCGUGUUGCAGACGAUGAUGAUGAAGAUGAGAUAGAUGCGUCUUCGAAAGACACUAAAGCUCUUGAGCUUGCCACGGAAUUGGAUGAAGAUGAGUACGAUGUGCAGACUAUUGUGCGCUACUGCGCAGAGUUUGGCACUAUAGUGGGCGUAUUGAGUUACGUUAUCUUUCAGCAGGGAGAUGAGAUCAAAAAUCAAGGUUUGCCAGCGUUCUUAAAGCAGUUGACUCACGCUCCAGCCAAAGCUAUCUUUCUAGUCUCUAAUCUGCUAAUUCUCGCCUGUAUACCCUGUCGACUCAUGGGUGAUACGGACGCCGAGGAGGCUAUACUCAUCUUUGCCGUGCCUGGCAGUUGGUUUCUGCUAAUGUUUUUUGCCGGCGCCAUACGUCUGACGGGUCCUUUCGUUACUAUGAUAUACUCCAUGAUUACAGGCGAUAUGUUCACGUUUGGCAUUAUUUAUUGUAUCGUACUAUGCGGCUUCUCGCAAGCUUUCUACUUUCUCUACAAGGGGCAUCCACAAAUACAGUCGACUAUGUUCAAUACCUUUCCCAGUACUUGGAUGGCUUUGUUUCAAACCACACUCGGAGACUAUAAUUAUCCCGACUUGAACAAUACAACAUAUCCGAACCUCUCGAAGACUGUAUUCGUUAUAUUUAUGAUUUUCGUGCCGAUUUUAUUGUUGAACAUGUUAAUCGCUAUGAUGGGCAACACCUACGCGCAAGUUAUCGAAAGAUCGGAGAAAGAGUGGAUGAAACAGUGGGCAAAGAUCGUGGUGACCUUGGAACGCGCUGUACCACAAGCUGAUGCUAAGAACUAUCUAGAGGCCUAUUCAAUACCACUCGGACCAAUAGAUGACUCCGGAUAUGAGGUGCGCGGUGUAAUGGUUAUCAAGAGCAAGGCGAAGACCAGAGCUAAACAGCGUAAGGGUGCAGUUUCUAAUUGGAAGCGCGUUGGUCGGGUCACAUUGAAUGCGUUGAAAAAGCGCGGCAUGACCGGCGAGCAAAUGCGUCGUUUAAUGUGGGGACGUGCAUCCAUAUCAAGUCCGAUUAAGAUUACAAAAAAGAAGUUGAAAGAUCCCUACAAUUUGAAUCCACAAAAUGAUCUCACAAGCGCUAUGGAUAUGUUGACCUUUGCCAAUGAUCCCGCAGCAAGCGCUGGUCUACAACUACGCUCCUCACUCAUGGACUCCGGUGCCGAGGGCAAAGCAGCAAAAGUGCAGGAGGAAAAUCAGCAACCCGCACCAGAUCCACUGCGCGACUUAAUUUUCCUCGCCGAUCGUCGUCCGGAAAUGCAUGAUCCUCAGUAUUUUGUUGGCCUACAGCAAUUGGCAAAUCAGGCAUUGGAUUUGGUAGAACAAACAAUGGGCAUCCAUCCACCACCCACUCCCGCAACUGAUGCUUUACUUCUAUCAGCAGCUGCUGCUACAACAACUAUCGGUGCAGUGACAAUGCAAACAGCCACAACUGUUGCCGCACCGAGCGCAGAUUUAAUUACCCCAUUGGGCGCGAAUUUAACAACGCUCUUUCAAGAUAACAAAGAUGUCGUGGAUCCGCAAAAGCUUCAAGAAUUCUUGAAAAUGUUGGCCGAGAUCGAGACCGAGGAGAGUGAUGGCGGUGGUAGACCAAUUUUGGGCAAGUUAUCGCUUUCUCGACGUACAAAGAGCGCUCUUUCGAAGGCUCAGAUUAAGAAAGAUACGGUCGGUGGUAGUCCUGAUAAAUUGAUCCCAUCGGUUUGGUCACAUAAUUUACCGCAACCAGAUGAGGAACCGGAAUUCAACUUCGAGGCUGCACUAGCCGAGGAACACACACUCACCAUUGAACAGGAGGCUGAGGUGGAGACCGAAACCGGCAACGAGCGUGAGGAUAGCGAAGAUUGUCCGACGGUAGAGGAGGUGCAUGCAACAAUGAAACAAUUCCACCUGCGUAAGCGGCAAUAUCAACAGGACGACGCAGCACGACGAGCGAAAAGUGCACGCAUCAAGCGCAAAAAUAGAAUUUCACCGGAACAAUCCCAUGAGUGUGAUGACGGCAGCAGCGGCGGCGGCGGAGGUAAGUCAACACACCCACGCGGCGCUUCAGCGCCAGGCCGUAAGCACACGGUGAGCGAACGCUUGUCGCCGCCGGAUCCUCUGGAGCCGUGGAGUACGCGCGAAUUGCAAAAUAUCAACAAAAUAUUAGCGCGCAAGUGA